GUUCGUCGUCUUUUCAGUUUGAGUGUAGCUUUCAGCCUUGACGUUUGUACGAUUAUUAUUUUGUAAAUCGUGUGCUCCCCAAGUGAUUGUACUAGUAUUUUAUACUACAAACUAGUUUCAUACACGAAAAUAAGCUCUGGUUCUCGCGUAACAACUCGUGACGAUUAUCAGCUCAAACGGGACCCCUGCGAUCCGGGGGGAAUCAAGGCGAUCCGUUUGUUAUUGUUGGUUUGGUUGGAGGAAGAAAAUUGGUCCCGUGGGGGCGAGCAGUAGCAAAUUCGUCGUGCGAUACGUGCGGUGGUGACAAAAUGCUUCCGGGUGCUUCCUGAUUUACGUGGAUUCCGUUCAACCUUUCCCCCAGCAGCAGUCAUAAUCUUCCGUCGUGGCCCCACCAGCAGCAGCACAGCGAGAGUGUACGCUGGCAGCAGCAAGAGAAGCAGAAAGGAAAAGGUGCAAAAUUCAAGGUGAAAUAAUAAUACAAAUUUCCAGGCUGAGGCUAAGCCCCUGAAAAUUAAGUGGUAGGAAAGAAGCCCUGCGAAAGUGUGGUGGUUGAUGGAAAUAGUGUGCUUCCUAGAAGCGAAGAAAAGUAUUCACUAAAUAAGUGGCAUUGGUCAUUCCUAUAUCCGGUAAGAAGUGGUUCCGUUCUGUUUGGUGCUGCGUCAAAACGACAUCCCAGGAAGCAGCAGUGUCGGUCCCCCAAUCAAGAUCGGGCAAGAUGGCAGAUCAGGAAUCGGACAUGGAAUACUCGUCCGAUAACGAUGAGUUUGAGGAUUACUACAAUUCAGGCCUAGAGGAUUGCGACAUCGAACAGAUAGACCCGAAGCGAUCCGAUCCGGAGUGUUUCGUGUAUGAAUGUCUUAACGUCGAGGAGGUGGAAAAACUUCUAAACGAAUCGGUAGAACGACUAAGCAAUCAACUUCAUAUCACACCCUCGCUGGCCAAGGUGCUACUCCACGAAACCAAAUGGAACACUGCCGAGGUUGUGGAAAAGUAUCGAAACAACGCAUCCAAUCUUCUAGUGAGUGCCCGUAUCAAAGCUGCCCCAUCGGUUGUUAUGGCAUCGACUUCAUCCACUCCCGUCGUUCCUUCCCUGUUGGUUCCCAGCGGUAGUAGUUCAAGUACAGUGCUCCUUCCAGUGUGCAGUGCAAUUCCAGCAAGUGCUCCCAUUCCGGGCACCAGUGCAAAAGUGCCGCUCCAAGCCAUGUCCCCAUCGGCCUACCGCACCCACCCUUGUCCGGUUUGUGUGACCGUCCAAUCGAUGGAUAAGUUCCAUAGCCUUUCCUGUCAGCAUUCAUUCUGCCGGGACUGCUGGGCGAUGCAUUUCGAGAUUCAAAUCAGCCAGGGAAUUUCCACGCAGAUCGGCUGCAUGGAGCAAAGAUGCGACGUUCGGGUUCCGGAGGAUUUGGUCCUGAACUUGCUGAACAGGCCUAUGUUGAGAGACAAGUACCAGCAGUUUGCCUUUGCCGACUACGUGAAAUCGCAUCCCGAGUUGCGGUUUUGUCCGGGUCCCAAUUGCCAGAUAAUCAUUCGCAGUGCGGAUAUUAGCCCGAAGAAAGCAACCUGCAAGGUGUGUUUGACGUCCUUCUGUUUCCGCUGUGGGACUGACUAUCACGCGCCAACCGAUUGCCAAAUCAUCCGUAAGUGGCUCACCAAAUGCGCCGACGACAGCGAAACGGCCAACUACAUCAGUGCACACACGAAGGACUGUCCGAAGUGUCACAUUUGCAUCGAAAAGAACGGUGGAUGUAAUCAUAUGCAGUGCUUCAAUUGUAAGCAUGACUUUUGCUGGAUGUGCCUUGGCGAUUGGAAGGCCCAUGGUUCGGAAUACUAUGAAUGUUCGCGUUACAAGGAGAAUCCGAACAUUGCUCAUGAGUCCGUACAUGCACAGGCCCGCGAAGCACUCAAAAAGUACCUUCACUACUACGAACGGUGGGAAAAUCAUUCGAAAUCGCUCCAGCUCGAGGAACAGACCCUGGACCGUAUGAAGACCCGCAUCAACGAAAAGGUCAUGAAGGGUCUCGGCACGUGGAUCGACUGGCAGUAUCUGUUCGAUGCUGCCGCUUUGCUGGCCAAAUGCCGAUACACGCUCCAAUAUACCUACCCGUACGCGUACUUCAUGGAGGCAGGCUCUCGAAAGGAUCUUUUCGAGUACCAACAGGCCCAACUAGAGGCAGAAAUCGAAAACCUCUCGUGGAAAGUGGAAAGAGCGGAAACCACCGAUCGGGGCGAUCUCGAAAACCAAAUGGACGUUGCCGAGAAGCGAAGAACCACCCUGCUGAAGGACUUCUUCCCAACUGAAGCGUGAGCCACCCCAGCAGGAGGGAGCCGGGAUAGAUUUGUAAGCACCGCCUAGAGGUAAAUGAACGAAAACUGAGAUAUUACACUUAUUCCUCCAAAAAACGACGCCCACCUUGUUGUCCCCUGUCGUAUUAGUAGGGUUAUAUGUGCGUCCCAGCGACGCGUGAGAAUUUUAUGUAGAAUGUAGAAAUGUGAAACGGAUUUUUCCGCUCCCCGAUAUGUGUGUAUUUUCUUUGUAUUAAACAUUACUCGAUUGGGUUUGAACCUAUAAUUUAAGUUUUCCAAAACUAUAACUUUUGAGACGGCAGCAAACCGUCUCUCGAUUUCAAAUUUCGGUUAUGCUCUGUAAAUGUUUGAAAAUGUAGCGUGUAGGAAAAGUUGAAAUCACAUUUUUAAUCAUUGAAAUCCGUUCUCAAAUUCGAUAUUCCUAUAAUUGCACCAAAUGAUCUUGAGGCAUAAGAUAAAUUGUACGAUAAAGAAAAACUAACGAUAACGAAUUUUCAAUCAGAUGCUGCGUAAUGUAAUGAUGAAAGCACGUAAAGUAAAAAAAAAAUAUAACACGAACAAGUUGCCGCCUGAACUUAGGCUGCUAACCGAGAAGCAAAUCUAACCAGACGAGUUCAAAAUUGGGCUUCAUCGUGGCGGAAAAUGCUAAAACAGCAUUAAAUCUAUUUAUUCAUUUGUACUACGAACUAUGAUUGUAUAUGGUAGCAAAGUAAAGAGUACUUCAAUCAGGAUUACACAGCAUAAGAAUAAUAACUACGAAAAUCAA